AUGGAUGCGUGGUUCCAUGCAACACAGGCGAAGUGUGAGGUGGUUCUUGAGACGAAGCUAGCGCUCUACGCAGAGGCGUGCGCCACACUCACCACGAGCCUUCAUCACCGUGCGGCUGCUGCUCCUGCUGGUGGUGACCAGGAGACGGACGCUGAAGGUGACGUCGGCGGCCAGGCGAAGACCACCGAUUGGUCCUCACAACCGCUUCUCCUGGAGAAAAUGCGUCUCGAGGGGCCGUUAAAACCUCCCAAAAUAUCGGACUACUUGGACACGAUUGAGCAACAGUUACACGCCACCUAUGAUGGACUGGGCGGCGGAUACACUUUGGAUGGAGAGGAUGAACGGGCCUUUGAGCAAGCCAAGUUCUUCGCACAUAUGCUGACCGCCACUACAGCUGCGGACGCAGGCACGCACAUGGGCGCGGGUGGUGGCCCGCAGCUGUACGGCGAACUUACAUCACAGGGUGUUCGUCAGCUCCAUUACACCGUGCUGAAGUGUCUCGAGCGGUCUGGCGCCGCCACACACUCUGAUGAAGCAAAAACGGAGGAGAAGGAGACAAGAGGCUUCUGCCAGCGGAGACCGUAUGCAGUGGUGGGGGUAGAUGUUGGGUGUGGGACGGGGAAGCUAUUGUUUGAGUGGUCCUUGUUGGCUAGGCGCGACGCGGCGUCGUGCUACUGGACGCACGUGGGGCUGGAGUUGGCGCCUUCGCGGCUGCGCGUAGCGCGCCGAGCGAUGCGGGGGAGUGAAUCGCUUGUGUAUUUGCCCACACAGCAGCGAUGGUGCGUGGAGCCGCCAAGCGGAGGUGAGGAUCAGCAGCAGAGAAAGUACGGGGAUGUGCGGGUUGUGUUGGGUGAGGCCGAUGUCUUUACGCCUGGGCUUCUUUCCAAUGAGACGUUUCUUCCACUUGCUGACGGCAGGGGCAUACGUGAUGCCGCGCUGGAUGACCUUCACACGGAGGUGCCUUCACACCUCGUGGUGUUUUGUUGUGGUUUGGGGUUUGCAGAGCCUGCUGUUCUUGAGCUGUGUGCCGCGCUGGAGCGGAUGUGGCGAACAUCACACACAAGCUUAUCGCCACCCUGGCGGUCCUUGACGUGUGUGCUGCUGCUUCGUGCCUUUGACGAUCUGCGAUCGUUUCCCCUCUUUAGGCUCUGCACUGAGUCAACGGGGCGCCGCGAUGGGGGCGGCGGCUUUCUCUCCAGAAUACAACUGAGCACAACGUGGAUGGAUGAGGCUCCUGCCUGGCUUUUGGAGCUUUCUCGUGCGUGA